GGUUUCUUUACUUUCAUCCCUAUUCUUCACCUGGGCAGCCGGCAGAAACUUCAAUGGCGGAAAUCGCCAUCUGCCACUCCCAACCUAAGGGGAUGAUUUCCGUUGACGAGGCUCUGCAGAUUGUUCUUAGUGUUUCUCAGCGACUCCCACCUGUCACAGUACCCCUCCACGAAGCACUCAAUAAAGUAUUAGUCGAAGACGUUCGAGCUCCUGAUCCUCUUCCCCCUUAUCCCGCCUCAAUUAAGGAUGGCUAUGCAGUAGUUGCUGCAGAUGGGCCUGGUGAAUACCCUAUUAUUACCGAGUCAAGAGCAGGAAAUGAUGGAAUUGAUGCACUUGUUGUUCCUGGAACUGUUGCUUAUGUAACAACAGGAGGACCAAUACCUGAUGGUGCUGAUGCAGUUGUUCAAGUGGAGGAUACUGAACCACUACCAACUUCCUCUACUGAGUCAAAGCGGGUCAAAGUGUUGAUACAAACUAGAAAGGGGGUAGAUAUUCGUCAUGUGGGUUGUGAUAUAGAGAAAGAUGCUGUUGUAUUAAAAUCUGGGGACCAAAUAGGUGUUGCUGAAAUUGGCCUAUUGGCUACUGUUGGUGUGAUGAUGGUCAAGGUAUAUCCUCUUCCCACCAUUGGUGUGCUUUCUACCGGAGACGAGCUUGUGGAACCAUCAACUAAACACUUAGGCCGUGGUCAGAUUAGGGACUCCAAUUCUUCGAUGCUACUCGCUGCUGCACUGCAGAUGCACUGCAAAGUUCUUGACCUUGGUAUAGGAUGUGAUGAUGAAGAAAAGAUUGACAAGAUUUUGGAUCGUGCCUUUUCAAGUGAAAUUGACAUCCUCUUAACUUCGGGGGGAGUUUCAAUGGGCGAUAGGGAUUUUGUGAAACCUUUGCUUGAGAAAAGAGGGAAUGUCCAUUUUCACAAGGUUCGGAUGAGACCAGGAAAGCCUCUCACAUUUGCUGAGAUCAGUACACAAUCUGCAACUAAGAAGAUCCUUGUUUUUGGAUUACCUGGGAAUCCAGUGAGCUGUUUAGUUUGUUUCCAUGUCUUUGUGGUGCCAGCCAUCCACCGUCUUGCAGGACAUGAAAACCCUCAUCAUCCAAGUGUGCAUGUUCGAAUCAAGCACUCCUUAAAAGCAGAUCCAACUCGCCCGGAGUUUCAUCGUGCCACAAUUAGGUGGGAGGUCGAUGCUACCACAGGCAUAGCCGGAUUUGUUGCUGAGAGCACUGGAAAUCAGAGGAGUAGUCGACUUUUAAGUAUGAAAUCAGCAAAUGCUUUGCUACAUUUGCCAGAAUCAAAUUCUGUAAUUCCUGCUGGAACAACUGUUACAGCCAUAGUAAUAUCUAAUUUUAGCAGUUUGACGAAGAGCAACAGCUUGGUAUCUGCUGAUUUAGUUAAUUCUUCAGUAGCACCUAAUCCAGAGCAGGUGAUUAUGGAUGUUCCACAUGUUUUUAAGUACAAAGUAGCUGUUCUCACAGUGAGUGAUACGGUUGCAUCAGGAGCAGGUCCUGACCGCAGUGGUCCAAGAGCCAUCUCCGUUGUGAAUUCUUCAUCAGAAAAACUGGGAGGGGCUAGAGUUGUAGCGACAGCUGUGGUUCCGGAUGAAGUGCCUAAAAUUAAAGAAAUCUUAAGGAGAUGGAGCGAUAUAGACCAAAUGGAUCUUGUUCUUACUUUGGGUGGUACUGGUUUCACACCCAGAGAUGUCACCCCGGAGGCUACGAAAGAAGUUAUUGAGAGAGAAACCCCAGGCCUUUUGUAUGUGAUGUUGCAAGAAAGCCUCAAGGUAACUCCAUUUGCUAUGCUUUCGCGGUCAGCAGCUGGUAUUAGAGGAUCAACACUGAUCAUCAACAUGCCAGGAAAUCCAAAUGCGGUGGCGGAAUGCAUGGAGGCUUUGCUACCGGCACUCAAACAUGCAUUGAAACAGAUAAAAGGGGACAAAACAGAGAAGCAUCCUCUUCACAUUCCACACGCACAAGCUACACCACCACCACAAGUUGCUGAUACCUGGCAGCGCAGCUAUGAAGCGGCUUAUCCUGGCAACAAAGAACACGGUUGUUCUUGUUCUCAUUAGAAAGA